AUGGAAGAAUUUACUCAAGAAAAAAUGCUAAAAGAAAUGUUGUCAGAGGAAUUAACCAGGGAGGAAAUCAAUUGGAGAGACAAAGCAAGAGAGAUGUGGAUUAAUGAAGGGGAUAAGAACACAAAAAAUUUACAUGCUUCAGUCAAAGAAAGGAAAAAACAAAAUGCUAUAAACGAAAUAAUCUCAGAAAGCGGGAGCAGCAUCAAAGAUUGGAAAAGCAUUGGUCAGGCGGUGAAAGAAUAUUUCAAAAGAAUUUUGAACUCGAAAGAAAGGAGUGAAGCACGGGUCAGGGAGUCAAUGUUGGAGGCCACUCUCGAGCUAAUAACAACAGAAGACAAUAAGAUGCUUAUGAAACCUUUUAAAGAAGAUGAGGUUAAGGUAGCAGUAUUCAGUCUCCACUCGGACAAGGCCCUUGGGCCAGAUGGGUUCCCGGUAAGAUUUUUUCAGAACUGUUGGGAAUUUAUCAAAACUGAUUUGUGCAAGGUUAUAGAGAAGGUAAGAAUGAAAGGAAAAUUUGUUAAGGAACUAAACAAUAUAGUGAUCGUCAUCAUCCCCAAGAAGGUUGGAGAAAACAAAUUCGAAGAUUAUAGACCUAUAUCAUUAUGUAAUGCGGUGUACAAAAUAAUAAUGAAGGCAAUAGCCAACAGACUAAAGAAGAUUUUGCUGAAGAUUAUCUCUAUUGAGAAGAACAAAUUUGUUCCAGAUAGAGAAAUUGCAAACAGUAUCAUUUUGGCCUCUAAGACAAUACACUCCAUAAUGUCCGAGAGAAAAAAGGCAAUGAUAGUUAAGCUAGACAUAUCGAAGGCGUAUGCUAAAUUUGCGGACGAUACUACCUUGUUUGGGGAGGCCACUAUUAGGGAGGUUGUAGUAAUAAAGGAGGCCUUGGAUCUCUUUGCAACUGCGAUUGGCAAGUUACCAGUGAAGUAUCUCAGGGUCCUUAUGUUUGCCAGAGCUUCAAAAACUGCAUUAUGGGAAGAGUUGAUAUCAAAGUGCAGGCAAAAAAUGAAACAAUGGAAAUACAGAUGGCUCUCACUUCCUGGGAGGAUCCAGCUCAUCAAGUCAGUUCCGGUUACCAUGCCCUUAUAUGCAAUGCAAGUCUUCAAAUUAUGUUGCAAAGUGUUGCAGGCACUGGAAAUCAAUUUCAAGAAAUUUUUGUGGGAAGGCGCCAAACAGGUAAAAAAGAUCUCGCUCCUCAACUGGAACUUGAUCUGUAAAUCUAAUCUAGGUGGUGGGGCAGGACUGAGACACAUGGAGAAGAAAAAUCUGGCUUUAGGGGCGAAACUCAUAUGGAAGAUGUACAGAUCCCCAGAGAAGCUAUGGUGCAAAAUCAUGCAGAAGAAGUAUUUGGACAUUGGAGAUCCGAGCAGAAAACCCACAAUGGCUAGUUUUAAUGGUGGAUCUGUUGUCUGGAAGUUUAUGAGAGAAUGUAGACCGAUAAUUACAUAUCACUUGACAUGGAAAGUUGCAAUGGGAGAAAGGCCAGAUUUUGGUCCGACUCUUGGGAUGACCAUGAGAGUUUAA